UGGUUUGAUCUUUGGAUUCAGAAUCAAUUUGAACCACGUGUAUUGUGUGGUUGUUGGUUUGAUUAUUUGUAGUUUGAAUGUGCGAUCGAAAUGUCAUGAUUGCGGGACAUAUCCAAUAAAUACAAUUAUAUUGGUAAGACGAUUUUUCAUUAUAAAAAUAACAAAAACGCAUGAAUAAUAUAACAUCUUCAGUGUGCAACUUUCACGUACGAUGGGGAAGUCCAUGGAAGACACAAAGCUCCAAAUAGUAAUGUUCCCAUGGUUUGCAUUUGGCCAUUUCAUCCCAUAUAUGAAUCUAUCAAAUGAACUUGCAAAAAGAGGUCACAAAAUCACAUUCUUUGUGCCUAAAAAUACAGAACUUAAACUUCAAAAACUCAAUCUUUAUCCUCAUCUCAUCACAUUCCACAAAUUCACAAUCCCUCAUGUUGAUGGCCUUCCAUAUGGAGCAGAAACUACAGCUGAUGUGCCUAGACCUUUGGAGACUCUACUAGCAACAGCUAUCGAUGAAUUAUACGAUGAAGUCAAAUCUUUUCUUCAAAAUCUAAAACCCCAUUUCGUUUUCUAUGAUCUUGCUUAUUGGAUUCCUGAGUUAGCACGUGAAGUUGGAGGUAUCAAGACUGUGUUUUACCUACAUGUUUGCCCUGCUACGUUACAUUUAUCAAAUGAUAAGACUACUUUGACGACAUCAACUGCAGCUGAGCUAGUAAAGCCACCACCAGGUUACCCUUCUACUGCUGUGGUGUUGCGCGAACGUGAAACUAAGUUUUUAUCGUUUGUACUUCAUGAAUAUGGCAAGGUGACAUUUGACGUGCGACUGAAGAAAGCACAGUCAGGUUGCGACGCAAUAGCUAUGAAAACAUGUAGAGAGGUUGAAGGAACCUUUGGUGACUUUGCAGCUAAACAACUUGAAAAGCCAGUCCUUUACACAGGACCUGUUCUUCCCGAGCUGAAAGAUGAGCCUUUAGAAGAACAUGGAUUAUCGAAUUGGCUUGAGAAAUUCGAGCCAGGAUCAGUAGUGUUCUGUGCAUUUGGAAGCCAAACGAUUCUUGGAAAGAAGCAGUUUCAGGAACUUGUUCUAGGCCUUGAAAUGACCAAGUUACCGUUCCUUUUAGCGGUUAAGCCACCUGAAGGGACAAAUUCAGCAGAAGAAGUCUUGCCAGAGGGAUUCAAAGAAAGGGUUAAAGAAAAAGGAUUGAUUCUGGAUUGUUGGGUGCCACAAACGAAGAUUUUACGCCACAAAUCAGUUGGUUGUUUUGUGAGUCACUGCGGGUAUGGAUCAAUGUGGGAGUCUUUGGCACUUUGUGAUUGUCAAUUGGUAUUUUUGCCAAGGCCUCUGGAUCACCUUUUAAAUGCUAGACUGAUGGAACAUGAACUUAAGGUUGGUGUAGAAGUGGAGAAGGAUGAAAAUGAUUUGUUUACAAAGGAGAAUUUGUGCAAGGCUGUGAAAUGUGUGAUGGAUAAAGACAGCCAAAUUGCUUGUUUAAUGAAAGAGAAUCAUAGGAAAUGGAGGGAACUUCUUUCAAGUCCUGGAUUCAUGAGUAACUAUAUUGACAAUUUCAGUCUGAACUUGCAUGGACUUCUAGAUUAAUUUGUUGGGUGGCGGAUCUACCAUUCAAGUUACGGGGUUAGCAGAAUCUAGUUUCUUCAGUUCAAAUGAUAGUAUUUGUGUUAAGAAACUUGUUUAAUGUAAGAAAUGUUGUCAUGUUUUGCAAUUCAGAAUAAAACCCAUAUCUUUUUGCGA